AUGACAUUAAUUGUUGGCAUUGGAUCAGUCUUAUAUAGUCUCGUUCAUUCUGAUCCACAAAUACAAUCACUUAUAUUUUGUAAAUUACGUGGUUAUAUAUUUCAAAUAUGUUUAAUGCUUUCUCGUUGGUUCAUUGCUUUUGCUUGUAUUGAUCGUUAUGCAUCAACAUCCGAGAAUGUUAAUCUAAGAAAUUUUGCCAAACCAACAAUAGCAUAUCGUAUAAUUAUUAUCAUUAUUAGUUGUUGGUCUAUUAUUUGUUCUCAUAGACUUAUAUUUUAUGAUAUCAAAGGAAAUUUCUGUGGUAUUAUAAAUAAUAUGGCCGCCGCACUUUAUCAUAGUUUUUAUGUUAUUAUUGGAGGUGGCAUUUGUCCAGCUACGAUUAUGAUUGUGUGCGCAUGGCUUAUUCGUCGAAAUCUUGCGCAUAAACAUAAAAAACGAAUACAAUUGUCAGUAAAUGGUUAUCGAAAAAAUUCACUUGAUCAACAAGUUCUUAGUAUAUUAUUUGUGCAAAUUAUAUGUUACAUUAUAUUUACACUUCCUCAAUUAUGUAAUUUAGUAUUUAUUACCAUUUCAAUAACAAUUCCGAAUCGAUCAAAUAAACAUUUAGCUAUUGAAUCAUUCCUUACUUUUCUUGCAGAAUUAAUGCUAUAUUUAUUUCCAGUUACAUCAUUUUAUUUAUACACACUUACAUCUCAUACAUUUCGUAAAGAAUUAAUAAAAUCUAUUCGUUCAAUAGUCGGUCAAAAUGUUCGUAUUGCAUCAAUAAUAGAUCGUAAAAGUGUUGUUUAUCAUGUUGAAUAUCAUCAAAGUACAAACAAAACAUGUGAAAAUCCUGUCACGAACAAUUUUAUGGAAAUAAAAUAA